GGUGUGGCUGGCCUACCCAUAUUAAGUUGUGACAAAUGGAGGCUUUGAUGUCCAAUCUUACUUUACAAUUUAGAGAGUCGCCUCUUUCGAUCAGUCAGCAGACUCUCAAUGAUCUUUUAAAUCUCUCACUUGAUCUAAAAAUUAGAGAAUCAUUUACAUAUGAACAGAUUGACAUCCUGAAGUGCAUAGCUUGUUACUGCAUUGAUGUGAUCUGUACUGGCACUGGUGCUCCUAGUAAUGAACAACUAGCAGUUCUUGUUUUAGUAUUUAAAUUACUACGUAAUCUUUGUGCUCAAGUUAAAAGAAAUCAGAAUCAAAUUGGUCAGACCCAGUUUUUAGAUGAACUGAAGAGGUUUAUUUUAUGGAACAAUGACAAUUUUGAACUAUAUCAGUAUGGGCCUGUAGUAGCAUGCCUUACUCAACUCAUUGGUAACAUUUGUGUAACCAAUGACAGCAGUCAGGGAGAAGUCUGGUAUGCCUUAUAUCCCAUUGCCUUCAAGUCUUUGCUUUCAAUGAAUAGUUCAAGCAUUUUCGAGGCCACCUGCAUGGUAAUAUUUAAUUGCAUUAGAGGAAAUGCUCAGGAAAGAAUGAAGUCACUGUUUGUUGACACUGAUGGUACCAUUAUUAGCUUAAUUUUAAAUUCUUUGAAGACUUUGAAGGAGUCAGGGACAGAAUGGGCGGUUUUAGUGCUUGAGGAAUUACUAUCAAUCGCACCACUCUCUACACUUUGCCACAGCACACUCUCAUCUUACCCCAGGGAAAGGGUGUCACUGUUAGAGUUUUUAUUGGCCUAUUGUGAUGAAUUAGGAGUACCUGACUCAUCAAGAGAGGAUGAAGAGUCAUUAGUGGCAGAUGAUGAAGCUUUCCUUCUUCGUUCAAAAGCACAAUCAUUCUUCCAAUCAGUUUUACAUUCUCACUCAAACCUGCAUUACUUAAUGGACCAGUACCAAUUACUAGUGACACAAUUAUUAUUUGACCAUAAAGAGCUCUUGGCAUCAUUGCAAUGUAUUGAAUCUACUUAUCGGUCAUUGGAAGAUAGUGCAGUUAUUACUUUGAAGCACUUGGUAUCUGUUCUUGGCCUACUCUGUCAGUCUUCUUCUUGUCACAGUCUCCUACAAGUAAUUCAGGAAAAGGAGAGCUUAAUCCUUCAUUCUUCAAUUGAUUUUCUUUCCUCUUUGUCAAAACUUGAUGGUAGCCUUGAGUCUGCUAGAAAUGUCAGUCACUCCUCCUUCUCCUCUUCUAGUGAUUUGACUGCUCAUCCCUUGUACGGGAUUAAAAGAGAUCUGGUUCGUUUGAUUGGGAAUUUGUGCUAUCAAUGCAAGAAGAACCAAGAUCAGGUUCAUGAUUCUAUUCCACUUCUUCUCAACCAGUGCAACAUUGAACACAUGAAUCCAUAUAUACAACAGUGGUCUCUUUGGGCCAUUCGUAAUAUAUGUGAAGGGAAUCCAGCUAAUCAAGAAAUAAUAAGAAAUAUAGAGAAGAGAGGAAAUCAAGGAGAAGGAAGCAUCAAUGUUGCUAGUCAGUUGGAAGACUCGUUAGGCUGUGAGGUAGAGAUAGACAAAAAUGGAAAACUAAGACUGAAGAAGAAAAAGAGCUAGUAUGUAACUCUUGGUAUAUUUUUCAUUUUGAAUACCACACCCUUUCUUCAUUCCCCCUCCCUCUCUCCCUCCCUUUUAAUAAUAACCCACAUACAGCUCUAGUUCAUCUUUGUAUGAUGAUGUUAUGUUUGUUUAUUAAAUGAAGAAUGUUUAAAUAAAA